GAGAGAAUGGCCUCGUCACUUGCAUGAAACAACUUGUUGAAUAGUGAUCCUUUACAACACUAGCAAGCACUCGUCGCCCUGUUGUUUGUGUACUGCUGGCCUCACCCUAGUGCUGGUUUGAUGGCGACUAUAGCAACUCCUUUUAAAUGAAUGUAUAUGCUAUAAGAUGAUCAUGUAAUUGCUUAAAGAAUAUGGAGAAAAGAAAAUGUAAAGAAGGAACAUCCACAAAAACAUUUUUUUGACAUUUUCACUACAAUACCAUAAUCUGCAGAGAAUGUGUGCCGAGGUUAUGCAGAACAAAGGGCUCGUCCUGCCCACGGAAGUGCUCGAGAUGGUGCUGGCACAGUUGCCACUUACCGAUCUCUUGACUAUUGAUGUAACUGUUUGCCGUUACUGGUAUGAUGUCAUCCGCAACCCUGCUUUUAUUCCGUGGAAAAAAGUGUACCACCGACUAAAACUGGCACCAGCGAGCGAAGCGUCUGCUUUCUUGCUCUCCCCGUCCAGAGUGGAUGACAAGUUGCCAGUUACUGAUAUCAUAUCUGCACUCUGUCAACAUCAUGGCUGUACUUCUUUAAGAGACUGCCUCAUCAGUGUUGUCAGGCUGAUGGGAAACACACAGAGGAUACCAACAGGUGAUGCGACCAAGUGUGUUCUUGAGAAGCAUGAACUUUACUCUGUGGCAAUGGAUGCACUGGAGAACAUGGAGGAAGCCCUUGUUCCAAGACCUUUCAAUAUUUGGCACGUUACGACCAUGAUUGUUCUCCUGUCACAUGAUGUGUGGCAUGUGGAUGCCCUUCUUCAGUUGCUGCUUCAUCAAGGAUCAAUGUUUACAUCGUGUAAUGUUGUUGAAGCAUUUUACUGCUUAGCUACAUUUUUUUUUUACAGCACACAAAAAUUUGAACUCCCAACAAGGUACCACUAUUUGGUGUAUUACGCCCUCUACUUGUAUGAGAACCGCUGGACAACUAAACCAUCUCAUGAUCCUGGAGACCUGCAGCAUGAGCAUGUGGGCCAACAGUCCAUACACAAGUACAUCAAUUUAAAGUCAUCGGUUCAGCACACUCAUGAGCAAAUGAGAAUUAUUAAUCACAAUAUUGAACCCAGUCAUGUAGUGAAAAUUGUUGCCUUUGCUGGGACGGGGAAGACCACAACUUUACUCCAGAUGUGUAAGCAGCGGCCACACCAGCGGUUUCUCUUGGUCGUAUAUAACAAAUCCGUCGAGGAACAUUGCUCCAAAACAUUUCCAGGAAAUGUUAAAGUGAAAACUGCUCAUGCCAUGGCCUUUGCUAGUGUUGGAAAGCGAUAUUCAGCAAUUCGUAAACUGGAUGGAUCAUUAGCAGCAAACAAGAUAGCAAACUUCCUUCAGGAGAGGGAGAGAGGAGGAAACAGGUUUCGACGAGCAGCCUUGGUAAAAAACACAGUUGAAAGAUUUCUCAAUUCUGCGGACGAUUACCUCACCCUGCAGCAUGUGCCUACAGUAGAUAAACACAAUGUGGCCCUUGGUGAUGAUUACAGGCUUAGGAUCCUGUUACCUGAUGCCGAGUCAGUGUGGGAGGAAAUGAAGAAGUGCUCCAACAAGCAGGAAAUCUCCAUGACUCAAGAUGGACAACUGAAGAUGUGGCAGCUGAAGAAGCCACACCUCUUGGGUUACGAUGUGGUAAUGAUUGACGAAGGACAGGAUAUGAAUGCUGCCAUGUUUGAUAUCUUUCUUAGUCAAAACUGUGCUAAGAUAGUUGUGGGUGACCCUUACCAGCAAAUCUACUCCUUCCGAGGGGCAGUCAACGCAUUAGAUAGAGUGAUGGCAACACACACAUUUUAUCUCACCCAGUCCUUCAGAUUUGGGCCAGAAGUUGCAUAUGUAGCACACUGUGUUUUGGAAUCACUUCUUGGUGUUCACAGACAGACUAUUGUUGGAGGAAGGAAAAAAGAUACAAUUGUUGAAGUUCCUGAUGCUCGGUCUUAUGUUACACAGCCAAAACUAAAGAGGGCUUAUUUAGCCAGGACAAAUUUGGAAAUAUAUAAACUAUCUAUUAAAAUCUGUGAAGAUGAGGAGUUUAAAUCUGCUUCCAUGGCAUUUGCUGGUGGAAUUAAGAAAUAUGGAUUUGGUACUGUAAUGGAUGUAUAUAAAUUAUCUCAAGUUGAAACAGGAUUUGGUACUGCAGAAACAUUACAAAUUCAUAAUAAGUUAAUAGCCAAGUUUAAAUCAGUGUCCAGCCUUGCCAAAUUUGCUGAGAAUCUUGAUGAUCAUGAGUUAUAUAACAAAAUAAUGAUGUUCAAAUAUAGUGGAUUUAAUACACCUAAUCAUAUAAACAUGCUUAAGAAAAGAUGUAAUGCAGAUCAGUCUGUUGCUGACAUUAUGUUUAGCACCAUUCACAAAGCCAAGGGACUAGAAUGGGAAUGGGUUGUAUUGAUGGAUGAUCUUCUACCUAUCAACAUAAUCGAUGGACCUCGCUUCUCUGCUAAUGCAGGUGAUGAACAUAAUUUACUGUAUGUGUCAAUCACUCGUGCAAAGAAAUACCUGACCAUCAACAGUGCUGCUCUUUAUACCAUGAUUAAAGCACGAGACAAACUGGAAGUCUUGGUACCGAAGAAGAGCAUUGAUGUGGCAAUGAAGUGUCUCCAGUGUGCCAGUUCAACAGUGGCAGAUUCAAAAUAUCCAGUUGUGACUAAGGUACCCGCAGUCUCCAUAUCAUAUGAUGGUGAUGUGUUUCAUGGGGGUUACUUCUGCAAUGUCUGCACCUCUUUUGACAAAUUUGUACCACCAAUAACCUCAAGACACAGUGAUCAGAAUGUACGUUACCAAAAGGAUUACUCUCGCAUCUCGAGGUUGAUGCUAAUUACUGGCAAGCAGCAUUUCUUAGAGACAGAGUCUACAGGGCCUAUGGAAAGGGGAUGGCAUCAGUAUGCACUCAGACCACGUCAAAGAAGAUUAAGACGGACCCUUUAUGAUAUAAGACUAGAUGAUGUGGAUUUGUUGUUACCGCAAAAUAUAGGUAAUAUUCAUGAAAUUCCCAGGAAUUUUGAUCCUCCUGCAAUAGAAAUCAUUCAAAUUGACUGAUGAAUGAUCGCAAGAUUUCUUGGUCAGUGCUAUUGAAAUCAUGUCAAAUAAAUUUAAACUUUGGUAACAUUUUUAGAUAGAUGCUAUUUUGUGUGUGUGUGUACGUACGUAGUGUACUUAUUUGUGCUUGCAGGGGUUGAGCUCGGGCUCUUUCCCCGCAAGCACAAAUGCGAGUACAAAUACACACACUGUGUGUGUGUAUGCAUGCAUGUCUGUGUGUGCACAAGUGUGCAUGCAAGAGAGUGAGGGAGGAAGGGAAGGAAACAUUUACUGUAUAAUACUUUAGUGUAAAUCAUAUAAAUUAUUUUACAUCAGUAGUUUUCACUUAUUUGAUAACUCUAUAAAUUAUUAGGUGUAUGACUGAAGACUUGAACAUAAUGAAUACAAUAUAUUUUUUAUAUGUAUACUUUUUAAAAAUAGGUUUUUGCAUUUUAGCUAAUGAAGGGUGCAAGCUUCAAUUGCUUUAAGCUUCAAAUUAGUAUAGUCCAUGUAUUCCAAGCUUGAAUGGUUUCCACCCCAAGUUAAUCAUUCAUUCCUAUAAUGCAUUUGUUUUCAUUUUUGUAUUGCAUCCAGUCCCAUUGUUUUUGUAAUAACGUUAAGUAAUAUAGUAUAUAUAACUGGAUCUUGUUAUGAUUAAUAUUAUGCAGUAUAUGGAUGUCUGUGGUAAUAUAUUGUGAAUGAAUCUUUUUGCUAAUGAUUUUUAUAAUUUUUAAAUAAUGAUGCUCAUUUUAGUUUUACUGAAUUUGUUAUAAAAGAUUGUUUAAAUUGUUACGAUCCAGUUUCCCAGAUUUUUUCCCUUGCCCAGUUUAGAGCAGUAGUCAAUUGGUCCCACCCAUGGCAGUGGUGCCACGGUCCCACUCAUGGUAAUAGUGGUGCCACGGUCCCACCCAUGGGGGUAGUGGCAUCCUGGUCCCACCCGUGGUAGUAGUGGCACCCUGGUCCCACCCAUGGUAGUAGUGGCACCAUGGUCCCACCCGUGGUGGUAGUGACACCAUGGUUCCACCCGUGGUAGUAGUGGCACCAUGGUCCCACCCGUGGUAUUGGUCCCCACCAGUGGUAGUGGUCCCACCUGUGGUGGUAAUGGUAAUGGGACUGUGGUGCCACAGUCCCACCCAUGGUAGUAUAUAUAACGAUCUUAUGAUUAAUAUUAUGUAGUGUAUGGAGGUCUGUGAUAAUAUAUUGUGAAUGAAUCUUUUUGCUAAUGAUUGUUUUAUAAUUUUUAAACAAUGAUGGACUUUAACAAUGAUUUUAGUUUGACUGUCAUAAAA